AUGGCCCUUGUAUCAGGCCCUGGUAGAGCGGGGAGUAGCCCCGCAGAUUCUGACCUGCACACCUCACAACAUGUGACUUACAUCAAGAACCUGGACACUAGGAAAGAUGAAUUGGAAUAUUGGCUGACCGAACACCUGCGACUCAACGGUGUAUACUGGGGCCUUACAGCUCUUCAUAUCCUCGGCCAACCCGACGCACUGCCUCGAGACCAGACAAUCGACUUUGUUCUCUCGUGCCAAAAUGACAGCGGAGGCUUUGGUGCUGCCCCAGGACACGAUGCCCAUAUGUUGUACACGGUCUCUGCCGUUCAAAUUCUUAUAACUAUUGAUGCUGUCGACGAACUCGAGAAGAGAGGCCGGGGCGGCAAGCAGAAGGUUGGGUCUUUCAUUGCCAACCUGCAGAACGCAGAUGGCUCUUUCAUGGGGGACCAAUGGGGAGAAACAGACACCCGAUUUCUAUACGGGGCUCUCAAUGCAUUGUCGCUCUUGCGCCUGAUGGACCUGGUGGAUGUUCCCAAGGCCGUGAGUCAUAUUCAAAGUUGUGAAAACUUGGAUGGAGCUUAUGGUAUCCGCCCUGGUGCCGAGUCCCAUGCUGGCCAAGUGUUCACGUGCAUUGGUGCUUUGGCCAUCGCUGGCCGUCUGGACUUGGUGAAUAAAGAUCGUCUUGGAGCUUGGCUCAGUGAGCGUCAGAUCGAGAGCGGCGGCUUCAAUGGUCGACCGGAGAAACUUGCAGAUGCCUGUUACAGCUGGUGGGUUGGAUCGAGUCUUGCCAUGAUUGAUCGUCUGCAUUGGAUCGAUGGCAAGAAACUCGCCGCCUUUGUCCUACAGUGCCAGGACCCUGAUGCUGGAGGGUUUGCUGAUCGACCAGGGAAUAUGGUUGAUGUGUAUCACACACAUUUCAGCCUUGCCGGGCUGAGUUUAUUGAAGUUUAGUGGUCUUGAAGAGAUAGAUCCUAUCUAUUGUAUGCCGAAGUCCAUCACCGCCCGGUGUCUUGCGGGGUAA